AUGAAAAAGCCACGAGUCAAAACCACCGGGAUCAUGCUUCAGAAGAGAAAGGAAGAGGACAAGAUCAAGCCUCCUCAGCAGCGGGAGCCGCGUCGUCUUGGGCUUGGUAGCGGGACGACCACGCUUGCGCUUGGGGGCAGCGUCAUCGGCCGUCUUGGGCUUCGGGGCGGCCUUCUUGCGCGCCCCGCCCCUGGCGGAGGUGGCCUUGGAAGUGGCAGGGACAUCGUCAUCACCCUCAGUGACCUCAGCGUCCUUGUCAGUGUCAGAAACAGCAUCACCACGCUUCUUCAGAGCACGAAUGUGCUGCUUGACGCCUUCGGCGGAGCAUUCUGUCAUUCUUCAGUUUUAGCCUGA